ACGAUAUAAUAUAAUUUGUUGUAAGGCGACAAUUGGUUUGUGAUAGCAAGUUAUAAGAAGGUCUUAAAAUAACUUUAACAAUAUGGCAAAUAAUUACUUUGUCAUAUUGUCUUUAUAUUUGGCCUUCGCAGUCAGUGAGCGGAUAUCACCCCCAUUGAUCGUUAAAGGACCUCCAAACGAUGAGAUACUUUUUGAAGUAGCUGAAGAUAAGGACGAUUUACGACCAAUAGUUUUAAAUUGUGAAGCCGAGGGAUUCCCCGCACCUAGAUAUUCAUGGAUCAAAGAUGGCAAACCAUUUAACUAUUCAAGUGAUGACAGGAUAUCAAUACAGCCUGGACGUGGUACUUUAGUCAUGAUUAAACCGGUAGAUAAAGAUAGUGGUCAAUACCAAUGUUUUGCUGAAAAUGAAUAUGGCAUCGCUACUUCUAACUCUGUAUUUUUAAAUAGAGAAGAACUUGAUUCAUUCGAUGUAAGUGAUCCAACGACUGUUGUUGGUACCGAGGGCAAACCAUUCAUGAUAUCAUGUGACCCCCCUAGGGGGUACCCGCAACCCAAAAUUAAUUGGGUUUAUGUUACGAAUUCAGGUGCCAUUAAAUCCAUUAAUUCUUCUCGGAUAACUGUUGAUCCAGAAGGAAAUCUGUGGUUUUCUAAUUUAACUCGAAUAGACGAUAGUAAUGGGGAGUUUUUUUACGCAUGUGUAGCAGUCUCAGGAGUAAAGAAGGAAUACAAACUUGGUAACAGAGUAUCUCUUAAUGUAACACCAACUGAAGAUUCUAGUCACAACAGACAACAACCUACGGACCAAUAUGUCAGUAAAAAAAAUGUAGUGGGAUUACGAGGAAAAUCUGUAGAAAUAUUUUGUAUAUAUGGUGGAACACCUCUGCCUCAAAUUGUUUGGAGAAAAAACGGACACGCAUUACAUAGUUCAGAUCGAAUAACAUGGAAUAAUUAUGGAAAAUCUCUUCUAAUAAAUUAUGUCGAUUUUAAUGAUGCAGGAAAUUAUACUUGUGAAGUAAGUAAUGGUGUUGGUGAAGCUCAGACACAAUCAAUAAACUUGAAAGUUUUGGCGAGUCCUUAUUUGAUCACGAAACCAACCAUUCAAAAUGUAACUGAAGGAGAUAGUGUCGAACUGGAAUGUAAGGGAGGUGGUUUACCAGAACCACAAGCAAAAUGGAUACACAAUGGAAAACCUAUUGAAGAAUCAUUAGACAACCCCAGACGAAAAGUUUUAAGUAAUAAGAUUAUAAUAGAGCAUUUACAAAAGAACGACACAGGCAAUUAUGGGUGUAAUGUAACCAAUAGUUUAGGUUAUGUUUAUGUGGAAGUUUACGUUAACGUUUUAAGUGGAAUACCAGAAAUCAUCGAAGCUUCUAAAAAUGUUAAGACCGUCGAAAAACAGAAUCUAAGAUUACCUUGUAAAACCUUUGGCUCGUCUAAGCCUACAAUACGAUGGUUUCGGGACGGAAUUGAACUUACUAAAGGUAACUUCCAGAUUCAACCAAACGGUACUUUGUUGAUUAAAGAUGUACAUUUUGAAGACAGUGGUAAUUACACCUGCUAUGCAGCUAACAAGUUCGGAAACACAAGCGCCGUUAGCCAAGUUGAGGUUAAAGCACGGACCUAUAUUUAUAAAGGUCCAAAAGACACUGAGGCAGUUACAGGAUCUUCAGUUACAUUACAGUGCAGUGCCAUAGCUGACAACGAGCUUCACUUGGAAAUUAUUUGGUUAAACAAUAACGAACCUUUAGAUUUUGAAAAGGAACCUAGAUUUAUAAAGUCCCCUGAUAAUUCCUUGAUCAUAUUGAAAGUUAUAGAUUUGGAUUCUGGAAUUUACAAAUGCCUAGCUCGAACUGAACUGGAUGAAGCUUCAGCCGAAGCUUUUCUUAUAGUGCAAGAUGUUCCAAAUCCACCAAUAAUCGAAUCAGUGGAAUGUUACUCCAGAAAGGCUACCAUAACCUGGCAACAAGUUGGUGAUAAUCGUUCUCCAAUAUUAUAUUUCAUUAUACAAUAUAGUACUAAGUUUUCACCAGACACGUGGAAAGAUAUUAGUCGAGCUUCUGCUUGGGAUUCUUCUGGGUCAAUUUCAUUGGCACCUUGGAAUCAAUAUACGUUUAGGAUACUAGCAGUUAAUAAAGUAGGACCAUCUAAGCCUUCUGUACAUAGUAGGGACGUAUGUAUAACACCACCUGAGGUUCCCAACAAAAAUCCUGAGUUAGUAAAUGGACACGGAACAAAACCGGAUAAUUUGGUAAUUAGUUGGAAUCCAUUACCCAAAACAGAACACGCAGGGCCUGGGUUUAAGUACCGUGUUUGUUUCAAGCAAAAUAUAGAUGGAGCUACUUACGAAUGUACAGAUAUAAAUAAUGAUUCUCAAAACACCUAUACAGUUUCCAAUCAACCAUCAUUUCAGCAGUACAAAAUCAAAGUUAUAGCAUCUAAUGAUAUUGGUGACGCAAAAGCCGAGCCUAUUGAAGUAAUUGGAUACUCAGGAGAAUCAAAACCUCUAGAAGCUCCUACAAAUUUUACCCUACUUCUAGUUCCUGAUGGGAGAACAGGCUUAUUUAGUUGGAAUCCUAUAUCCGAAGAAUCAUUUCGGGGUCAUAUUUUAGGUUACAAAAUAGAAUUUUGGAGCGAUGUGUCAAAUUUGCAUAAGGAAAUUAAAGUUGGUAACUCAUCAAAAGCAUUAAUCAACUCACUCGAUCCCUACACUAGGAAUUACGCAAGAAUUUAUGCCUUCAAUGGUGUAUACAAUGGACCUUCUAGCGCAAUACUCUCAUUUAAUAUGCCGGAAGGAAAGCCUGGUGUAAUUGAAAAUUUAGAAGCAUACCCACUAGGGUCAACCAGUUUUCUUAUAAAAUGGAGACCUCCGAAUAGGCCUAAUGGCAUACUAAGAGGCUAUGUAGUAUCUUGGGCAAAAAUUGAUGCCUACAGAAUAGAUAGGUUGAACACAACAACCAUUUUAGAUCCUAAUAUAACAUCAACCAAACUGACAAAUCUUCUGCCUGACACGAGGUAUAGAAUAUACGUAUCAUCUACCACAAACGCUGGAGAGUCUCAAGAGUUUUUCAUAGAGAGGACAACAAGUCAAGUUCAAAGUAUUAAACCAUCGAAACCAUCAUUUACAUGGAUGCUCAUUCAAAGAAAUUCUGGAGUAACUGCUAGAAUUCGCUGGCUUCCAGCUAUGGAUGGAAAUGGAGGAGCAAAUUUCAUAGCAAAGUGUAGAAAGAAAUAUGAUUCUGCAUGGAUCGAAUCAAUAGUUGAAACUACAAGAGACUGGACUGAUGUAAAUAAUUUAACCGGUUCAGAUGUAUAUGAAUGCCUAGUUAGUUCUUUAGAUGAGAAAUCAGUGUAUAGAACAGAUAGUGACAUUCAAGAAAUCGAUAUAAGAAAAGAGAGGAGUCAGCAUAAAAUAAUUAAUGAACAAGAAAUCUCCAGUGACGACAACAAUGGAAUAAUGCAUAAAAAAUCUUCGCCUGUAGAAACAACCACGACAGCGCCGGAUGAUUAUGAUGGUAAGGUUUAUCCACAGUUCCUUCUGCCUCAACUUUAUAUAUAGAUAAUAUUAUAUGGAUUGCAUUCACUCAAGUUUAGUAAUUUUUGAAAUUUAUAUUUCUGUAUGUUUACAUUCUUUAUUAUAGCUUGUUCUGUAUUG